AUGUCUGUGUCACGGCUGGAAUCGAGACUCCGGAAACUAUUCAAUGUUCCUCGCAAAGGUGAAACAUUUGAGUUCAGAGAAGGACUUGUUUCGCAGUAUGCAGACGAGCGUAAGGAUACAAUUCAAAGAGUGAUCGCUGCAAUGACUGUGGGCAAAGACGUGUCAUCGUUGUUCCCGGAUAUUCUCAAGAAUAUCGCCACACAUGAUUUGGAGCAGAAGAAACUGGUGUAUCUCUAUUUGAUGAACUACGCAAAAACGAACCCAGAACUCUGUAUCUUGGCCGUCAAUACUUUUGUUCAGGAUACCGAGGAUCCAAAUCCUCUGGUUAGAGCACUUGCAAUUCGGACCAUGGGCUGCAUUCGGGUGGACAAAAUGGUUGAUUACAUGGAAAUCCCUCUAAAACGGACUCUCAAGGAUGACAAUCCGUACGUUCGUAAAACAGCGGCCAUCUGUGUGGCGAAGCUUUUUGACCUCAAUUCCCGAAUGUGCGUUGAGCAAGGGUUUUUGGACGAGCUGAUGAGUCUGCUGGACGACUCUAACCAGAUGGUGGUUGCUAAUUCGAUUUCAGCCCUGAUAGAGAUCUCCAAAGCAACAAACUCCAACAUUCUCAAGAUUGACUCAAAGAUCCUUAAAAAAUUGCUCAUGACGCUGAAUGAGUGCACAGAAUGGGGUCGUAUCGCAAUUCUUACGGCACUUGCAGACUAUGCUGCAGAAGAAGUGGGCGAGGUGCAGCACAUUAUCGACCGCGUCUCACCUCAGCUUCAGCACGAAAAUCCGGCUGUUGUGCUCAGUGCUGUGAAAGUUAUCAUCAAGCAAUUGGACAAGGUAGAUGAGGAGCAAAAGAACUCGCUACUGAAACGGCUUUCUUCUCCCCUGGUUUCUUUGCUAUCCACUCCUCCGGAACUUCAAUAUGUUGCUCUCAGAAAUAUUCGUAUCAUUUUGGAGAAAUAUCCCGUGGUUUUGGCGAGAGAGCUCCGUGUAUUCUUUAUCAAAUACAACGACCCGUUAUACCUCAAACUGGAGAAAAUUGACAUUAUGGUGAGAUUAGCAGACGACUCGAAUGCGCUGCUGCUCUUGGCAGAACUCCGUGAAUACGCUAUGGAAAUCGAAACUGAGGUGGUAGACAAGUCUGUUAUGGCUCUUGGUCAACUGGCUAUCAAAAUUCCCAAAAUAUCAAAAAAGGCAAUUGAUGUGCUAUAUGAGCUCUUUAUUUCACGUUCUGAGUAUGUCAUUGAUCAACUAGUCGUGGUCCUACAAAAUAUAUUGAGAAGGUACUCCAACGAGUACCUCACAACAGUCAUUACUAUUAUUGGAGAUCUGGAGUUGGACUCUUUGAAAUCGAGUGAUGCACUGGCAUCUUACGUGUGGAUUGUCGGGCAGUACGCUUCGGAAAUCCCUCAUUUAGAAGACCGUCUUACGUCUCUGAUGGCGCAAUUCCAAGACAUGGAUCCAGCCGUGCAAUCAGCAUUUUUGACCACAAUUGUGAAAAUCAAUCUCACAAAGCCUACGCCAGUUACACAAAGUCUGUUGCAGCAGGCGCUCAAUCAGGCCACCAAGGAGAUAGAAAACCCAGACGUUAGGGAUAAAGCUUACAUUUACUGGAGAAUCUUAUCUACAGAGAAUUCGGAGCUGCAGAAGAAGAUUAUUCUAAACAAGCUACCUGUGCUUGAGUCUACAAUAGACCAUUUCCCACCUCUUCUUCUCAAUGAACUUGUCAAUGAGAUCUCCAAUUUAGGCUCCGUUUAUCAUAAACCUGCGUCAAGCUUUAUCAAAUCAGUCGACGGUGAACUGAUUAACACUCAACUCCAGACCAAGAAAUUCGAGGAGUUGCAGCAAAUGGCCAAGUCUGAGAUUGUUAAUAAUACUGUCAAGGCCGAAAAUCUGUUGGACUUUGAUGAUGAUUAUGACGCUGCUCAAAAUGCGAACGGACAAUCUGGUUCGAGUACUCCGGUCACUGGAAACAUUUUGGAUGAAUUGAACGAUUUAUUCACCAAUUUGUCUACGCAGGCACCACUAGCACAACCGUCUGGCUCCUCCGUGUUCAAGGACUUGAUCCAAGAGCCAGAAUCUCAUCAGCAAUCCCAGCAAUCUGACCGACAUCAAAAGACCUCCAAUGCUGAUCUUCUAGAUUUAUUUUAG